AUGCACUCAAACGCCACCACCGACGACUCAGUGCACUCAGACAUCAGCACCGACGAGUCCGGCCCCAACAUCUGUGACGUCAACGCCGACGCCGACAACGAGCACCCCGACCGCGACGAUCACCCCAGCAGUAUCUCCCAAGCCCAUAUCUGCGACUCCGACGCCGACUUCCAGUCCACCGACGGCUGUUCCAGCAACCACGACACCAUUUCCAACCACAGUUCGUCCCGUGACCCCACAGCCAACGACCAAACUCUUGACCCCUCAGCCAUCGGCGAGCCCCGCGACCCCGCAACCAAGCCCAUCAACACGCAGCCCCAUGCCGCCUACUGCGACCCCGUCACCCAGCCCGUCAACGGCGCCAGGUGGACCAACCCGUGUGACAAAAAUGUCGACAACUGCCCUGGCCCCCAAGACGGUCUACCGUACGGCUCCAUGUGCAUCCAGGCGCCUGAUCUCACGUACGCUUGCGUGCCACGAGUGUCUUGCCCGCCAUUGGGACAAUCCUCCGUACCGACGGUGACGUCAUCUGCAACUCCCGAAAGCGGCGACCUGACAUUGCCACCCAUCACACCCGCGCCCGAACCCGAGCCAACGACCGUUCCCACCAGCUGCACCUUUUCCGUGAGCAUUCCUUCGUACGAAGAGUGCGCAGACGACAAGAUGCUGGCGCAAGGCUGGCUCCCGACCAGUGUCGUGGGCAGCAGCACGUUCUGCGCGCAAAUCUCGCCGCCCAACAAGCCGCGCUGGUGCUCGGGCGACGCUCCGGGUGUUUGCCCCUCGCCCCAACCCGGUCUUCCGUUUGGCUCGAUCUGUCGCGUCCUCAACGAGACCCUUGCCGGCACACCGCAAGCUGUCUACGGUUGUGUACAGUCGCCGGACUGCGAGACGCUCGAGUUCGAAUCGGGGAUCAUCACCGAGUCUGACGCCGUCUGUGAGCCCAGUGACGCCAAGUCCAACCACCUCGGUGGCUCCUGUGCCGUCGCCGAGUGCGUCAACCAGUUCUCCGAUUCCGUCGACGUCGAGUCCAGCGCCGGUGCCUCCGACGACAGCUCUGGUGACGACCGCUCCAGUGCCAAUGACGAGUGCGCCUGCGCCAACGAGUGGUCCCACGUCGGCCCCAGUGCCCCCGUCUCCGACUACACCGACCCCGGUGAUGUCGACGCCUACGCCAACUACGGUCGCUCCUGCCCCAACCACAGUGACGUCGGUGCCCACCACGAUUGCACCAUCGCCAACCACUGGAACAACCCAACCGUCCUUGACACCGCAACCGACGACUAUGGCACCAGCUCCUACAACUGCGACGCCGCAGCCGACGACGGGGACGCCCGUGGCUACUACUUUGACUCCUCAACCCACUACGGUAACGUCCGAGCCAACGACGGUGACGCCGCAGCCGACCAUGGUGACUCCUCAACCCACUACGGUGGCGCCUGCCCCAACGACUGUGACACCCUUGCCAACAACGGUGACGCCUGUCCCAACAACGGUGACGCCUGUCCCAAGACGGUGACGCCGCAGCCAACCACGGCGACUCCUCAACCCAUACGGUGA